AUGACUGGAGAAAUAUUAACUAUACAGGUGGGCCAAUGUGGGAACCAUGUAGGAAAACAAUUUUGGGACCAACUUACAAAAGAACAUGGCAUUGGAAGGGAUGGUCAAAUUUCAGAAAGUUCACAAGGUGAUUCUAAAGAACGAAUAUUUAAAGAAGAUGACACAAAUCCAUUCUUCAAACAAUAUCAGGAAAACAAGUAUACUCCACGAGCAAUAAUGAUCGAUUUAGAACCAAGUGUAAUAAAUGACAAUUUGAAUUAUUUUCCUGAUUUUUUUGAUCCAAGAGGAACAUGGGUAUCUGAAGAUAGGUAUGGUGCAGGUAAUUCUUGGGCUAAUGGUUAUGAUGAAGGUCAAAAGAAUCAAGAUACAUUCUUAAACAUGAUUGAUAAACAAUUGGAUUCAACUGAAAAUUUCGAAGGUUUUCAAUUGUUACAUUCUGUAGCGGGUGGUACUGGGUCAGGGUUAGGCUCAAAUUUACUUGAAGCACUUGCAGAUAGAUACCAGAAAAAACUUUUGACAACGUAUUCUGUGUUUCCUAGUGACCAAUCAGAAGUUGUUGUUCAACCAUAUAAUACAAUCCUUACGUUAAGGCGGUUAGCAGAAGAUAGUGAUGCAUCGGUAGUCUUUGAUAAUAAUGCUCUAAGUAAUCUAUCUGGGAGAGUAUUUCAGAAGAAUCAAACUGAUUACAAUCAAACAAACCAACUUAUAGCUUCUGUGCUUUCAUCUAUCACAAAUUCUAUUCGUUUCCCAAGUUAUUUAUAUUCUUCUCUUCAGAGUAUUUUUUCUACUUUAGUACCGUCUCCAGAGUUACACUUUUUAACUCCUGCAUUCACUCCAUUUACUUCAGAUUAUGUAACAGGCGGGAUGGAUUAUAAGAGAAAUACUGCGUAUGAUAUUCUAUUAGAUUUGAUAGAUGCUCCAAAUUCGCUAGUGUCAAAACAUUCUAAGAAACCUAUCUAUCUAAAUGUCUUCAGUACAAUAAUAGGUGAAAUUGAAAGGAAUGAUAUUUCAAGAGGUAUAAAUAAGAUUCAACAACGAUUACAAUUUGCAGCUUGGUCACCAACAAUUAUCCACGUGAAUAAUGGAAGAAGAUCGCACUAUCUAAAAGGGCUACAUGGAGAGCAGAGUCAAGUUAACGGUAUGAUGUUAUCAAAUAGUUCUGGUGUUGUACCAUUGUUUGAAAAAGUGUGCGGUUCCUUUGACAAAAUUUAUUCAAAGAAGGCAUUCUUGAAUGCCUUCCAGCAAUCCGAAAUAUUUGAUGCUGAUGAUUUUAUUGAAUCAAGAGAGGUAGCUAGAAGCUUAAUAGAAGAGUAUACUUCUGCGGAGGAGAAAAGUUAUUUAGAUGAGGUAUUAUUGGAAGAUGAGAAUGUAAUUGGUGAGUUCAAUGAUCAGAAUAAUGAUGUUGAUGCAGAGGGUGAUAACAUCAUGUAG